AUGACCCGCAAGUACAGUAUUUGGCACACGCUGACAGUGUGUGGGGAAAGAAGGUCUUUUAGGAUUGGUAGAUCAACUGCACACAAAAUCAUACCUGAGACAUGUGAGGCCAUAAUCAGUACUCUGCAGCCAAUUUACUUCCCACCAAUGACCAGAGAUAUGUGGAGGAAUGUGACUGAUGGGUUUUGGCAGAAAUGUAAUUUCCCAAACUGCAUAGGCGCCGUCGAUGGGAAACAUAUAAGAAUCAAGGCACCCAAAAAUUCUGGUUCUCAGUUCUUUAAUUACAAGAAAUUCUUUUCCAUUGUCCUGAUGGCUGCAAAUUAUGUGUUUACGUGGGUGGACCUGGAAUUUUAUGGUUCAAUGAACGAUGGUGCAAUCUGGACCAACAGUGAUUUUGGAACUGCUUUGGAGCAAGGAACUGCGGAUCUACCUCACUCAGAGCCUCUACCAGGUGGGGUAGAACCAUUUCCAUUUUCCUUUGUUGGAGAUGAAGCUUUCCCCUUGAAACCAUAUAUGAUGCGGCUAUAUGCAAAGCCAAAAGGACGCAGAAGACAAAAUGAUGAAGCCCUAAGAAAUGAAGCAGCAUUAGACUCCGAUGAAGAUCCUGUUGAUGUGGAUCCUGCUUUGCAAGCACUCACAAUGCCACAAAGAAUUUUCAACUAUCGUCUGUCGAAAGCGCGCAGAGUCAUUGAAAAUACAUUUGGCAUAUUGGUGGCCAAGUGGCAAAUUCUAGCAGGCCAAAUAUGUAGCAAAGUCGAGAAUGCUGAGAGUAUUGUUAUGGCUCUCCUUUGUUUACAUAACUUUCUAAUUGAAAGUGAUCUUCCAGAGGCCCCUCAACAUCGAAAUUAUUUAAGACCAGGCCUAAUUGAUGGAGAAGGACCUAAUAGCGAGCCCUUGGAAAAUGGUGAAUGGCGAAAUGAAGUUCAGCCAGGAGGUGUGUUGCAUCGUGUUAAUAGGGUGGAAGGGCUAAACCCUGCCAGAGCAGUCAUUGACCAGAGGGAUAAGCUGAGAGAUUUCUUUUUAACUGAAGUUGGUGAAGUCAUAUGGCAGUAUGACUAUGCGUUCAGAAAUGUGCCUAUUGUGAGAGGCUCACUUUGA